GACCUGUUGGUGGAGGAAGCAACGGUACAACGGGGAGGGUCCAGCCAAAAACAGCCAAGAAAUACAAGAAAGGAGCGCCAGCGGCGCGGGGAGCAGGUCACGAAUUCUUACGGGGGGGUGCUGCUGGUUGCUCGCUCGCUGCCGGCAAAGCAACGGUGCUCGUCGCCGCCUUCUCGGCCCCGUGCUUCGCCAGAAACCGGUGGACGUCGUCCGUGUGCUUACAGAGCCCGUCAUGGCUGCGGGCACCGCGCCGUCUUGGAUAACACUCGCCGCCGCCGUGUUUGUCAUCGCAACCGCUGGGCUGUCCGUAUCCGCAAACCAAGAUGGUGGCUGCGGCUAUCCAGGAUGCCCGGCUCACGCCACUGUCACCUUCUCGCGUGAUGAUCUGGCCCCGGCUACAGUGGCCACGUACGCCUGCGACCCCGGAUACGAGCUCCUGGGACCCUCCCGGAGAGUCUGCUCCGGGAACGGAACCUGGGUUCCCGUCGGAGUGCCUUUCUGCGUGUUGAACGUUGCCGCCGGUAAGGCACCCCUGCAGUCUUCAACAGUGGCCGGCGGAGUACCCCAGAAAGCGGUUGACGGCAGUACCAGCGCCUUCUUCACACCGGACACCUGCUCACUUACCGAACCAGAGCAGUCACCCUGGUGGUACGUGAACCUCCUCGAGCCGUACGUGGUGCAACUGGUGCGCAUCGACUGGGGCCGCUCCUCGCCCGUGGGUCCCGACGGGGUGGGCGGUGCCAACACCGUGGUGGUACGGGUGGGCAACAACCGGCCCGACCUGGGUGCCAACCCCGUGUGCAACCGGUUCACAGGCUCGCUCGAGGAGGGCCGGCCGCUGUUCCUGCCUUGCGCGGCCCCCAUGCCCGGCGCGUUUGUUAGCAUACAUCUCGAAGUUCCGGGUCCGCUGUCGCUGUGCGAGGUCUUCGUGUACACGGACCAGGCGCUGCCGGUCGAGCGGUGUCCAUCUUUCCGCGAUCAGCCGCUCGGUUCGGCGGCCACGUACCACGGCAAGUGCUACGCCUUCUACAACAACCAACCGGCACCGUUCGAAGCCGCGCGGCGGUUCUGCGAGCAGCGUGGAGGCUCGCUCGUGGACGAGACGAGUCCCGCGCUGCAAGGUUUCCUCAGCUGGGAGCUCUACCGGCGCCACAGGCACGACACCGAGUCGGGCCAGUACUGGAUGGGCGCCAACAGAGACCCACAUGAUCCAAGUAGCUGGCGCUGGCUGAACGGCCGUGAGGUGACCAUCUCCUUCUGGAAUUCUCCCAGCAACUCCAUCCUGGAGAACAACUGCUCCCGCUUCGACGGCAACCGCGGAUGGCUGUGGUCUGACACCAACUGUGACCUCCCGCUGAACUUCAUCUGCCAGCACAGGCCGACGACGUGCGGUAAGCCAGAGCGACCCGCCAACUCGUCCGUGCUAGCCAGGAACUUUGACGUAGGCUCCGUGAUCGAGUACCGCUGCGCGCCUGGACACCUUCUCGUAGGUCCUAACAUCAGGACGUGCUUGGCCAACGGAUUCUACAGCGAGUUCGCGCCAAAAUGCAGAUACCUCGAAUGUGGACCACCGGCGCCCAUCCCAAAUGGGUCUCUGAAUCUCCUCAACGGCACCAGGCACUACAUGAGCACCGUCGAAUACCAGUGCCGUGAAGGUUUCGUACUCAUAGGGCGGAGCCUGCUGGUCUGCGACGUCGACCAGCGGUGGAACGGACCGCCGCCCAGAUGCGAACCGGUCAUGUGCCGACCUCCGCCAGCUGUUGCGCACGGCCUGGCUCGCCUCUCGGCUGCCUCGACCAUCUUUGGCACGGUGGCCGAGUACGACUGCGAGCCGGGCUACCAGCUCAGCGGCAACCGUCACCUGCUCUGCGGACCCACGGGCUUCUGGCAGGGAGACGUGCCCGUCUGCCUCCGGCUAACGACACCGAGACCCGUUGUGACGACGACGACAACGACGACAACGACCACUGAGGAGCCGCCACCAUCACCUUCCAUCAACGGUCACAGUGCAGGCGGCAGCGAGGGCCCCAUGGUCGUGCCGACAAGGUUCCAUCCGGACUUCCUGCCCGACCGUCCCGACCAGCGACCCACGUUCGUGACCACAACAGUGGCUGCACCUCGGCCGACUGCAACGGCCACGGUCCGGGCGACGCAGCGUCCGCGGCCUCAGCCCACCACGCCCUCGCAACCGCCGCGCAGGCCAGCAUUCCGGCCCGUCGAUCACGACGUGGCCGGGUCAUCGGGACACCGGACAGUGCUGGCGCCGCCGGACCUUCACAGCGGCUUCGCUGACGACUCAGCCGCGCGAGCGGGGGCUAAGCUCAACAUGGGGGGUUUCAUAGCGCUGGGAGUCUUUGGAGGAUUUGUCGUCCUCGCUGCAGUCAUCACCAUCGUCGUCAUCGUUAUACGACGUGCGAGGCGAGGAGACUGCGACGGCGUCGACCGCUGUCGCGGCUCCAAGAUGCCACCGGGAGGCGGGGGAUCGAGUGGCUGCUCGUCGCUGGAGCACUCUCCCGUGGGCGCCUACGCCGAGCACGGUCUGCAGAGGCACUACAAGCGCGCUUGGGAGAACCUGCGCUACGACGCCGGCGCAGCGGGCCACAAGGCACCGCGCAUCGAGACGCUAGACCACCCGCAUGUGUCGACGCGAACUCUCGAGGGCUACCGGGAGGCCAACGAGAUCACCGUGAAUGACGUGGCUGCGCUGUACGGCCGGCCGCACCGGAGGUGAUUGUGGCCGCCGAUAACAAAUGGACUCGAAUGUUCACUCUCGGCAGAGACUUUCUGUGGGGUGAACGGGCUUCGCGAAUGGCCACGUCGCAAGAAAUCUGCGCAGCCGAGCAAGCACUCUUUGUAAGCGUACCGUGUGUUUGUCCCGAGAUGUGCGGGUCUUAUGCUUCUCGGUACAUUGGCUGUAGUUUAGAAAAACAAAAAGGUGGCUCAUGAAAAGUUUCUCAAACUGACACAGAGUGCCGUGAUAAUGGCAGAGAAGCACAUUGUGCGUAGAAGGAACAAGCUUGUGGUAUUUGUCGCUGAAUGAAUCUUGAGCGUGUUGAAUGUUGUUCACAGAAGGUUUUGCCGCAUACAACGGAACUACUUCGGCUCACAUGACACUGAACAGUCGAAAAGCUAAGCAAUUGCUUACGUUUUUUUAGCUAAAGCCUGUUUGAAGCCCUCAAACUUUGAUUGCUCUUGUUAGAUUACCAAGCAAUUAGGAGCUCAGCAAUUCGAAAAUUUAGAUUUUGUGCAUGUGACCCAGCUCCAUUAGAUUGCUGCAUGGACAACUUUCGUCCAGCAAUUUGCUUGAACGCAGUGUGAACGUUGUCGUCGACUUGGUGAAGAAGGCAAGAAAGAAUCCGGCAGAGGUAGCUCAUGCUUCAUCUAACAUCUGAGCUGAGUCAAUUAUAAAACAACUUGUUACCUAAAACGAAAGGUAAAACGAAAACUAUUUAUUAGUUUUCGUAACGAAAUUUAUUGAAAAUAUUGUACAUGUCGCACGAGGAUGAGAGAUUCUGUAUUUUGUAGCCUAAAACUGAAAGAGAUUUGUUUACUUUAUCUAUUAAAUGAUCGUUGAAAAUUAUUAUGCCCCAUGGGAAAUGCAAGUUUCACAAAUGUUUAUAGCUAUAGCAAACUUUAUUCGCAUUGUUUGGUGUUGUUAAGCUGUUCAUAUUGAGUGCUUGGUGGCAGUUCGCCAGUAUCAAGCGCAACGUGACCUUCUGACUACGUGCAUUACAUUGUAGGUUGUUGCAGAGAGGUUUCUUUUUUGUAUAAUGCAUUGCAGUUCCACUACUCACACCCUCUGAGAAGCGGUAUAUAGUGGCAGUCAACAAAUUCUUACGUGCUGGUGCUUCUUCUUUUUCUUCUUGUUUAUUUUUGCUUCGAAACAGGCAGUUCAACAGGCAUGUCAUCUCAUGGGGACAUAUCGUUUAUGUGCGAAGCGGAAUGUCGCGCCAUUCAGCUUUCAUGUUGCAUAUUGCCGACUUGCUGUUUAGUUUACAGUAACAUAGUAACUACAUUAACGGCAAUGAGGUAUUGUUUUCUCUCCUAUCAAGUACUGCCUAGAACGUGUUCUAAUCAAAGGAUGUGUGACAUGUCGUUCUAUUUUACUUUAUUUUUGUUUGGAUUUAGGCACUGAAAGUACUGAAGGUUUUGUGUAAUUUUUUCAGCACGUGGAUUGCAUAGGUGUUGUGUACGAAAGUAGAUGUGUGCAUGUGUGAGCGUGUUUAAUUUUUUAAAGCUGUAUUUGUGCUCAUGCCUUCAAAGCGGUUAUAAUCUGUAUCCUUGUUCUUCGAGUAUGCGUGUUACACUGAAAAGGUGGCAGUUUAACAGCAAUGAGUUGAGACAGGAUACUGCCAUUGUAUUUUCUCUUAACAUGAUAGCCCAGGUGAAUCAAGAUUUCAAGGAGACAGAAAGACACGUGGCAACCAAUGAUCUAUGUUUUAUUAUGAUUGAAAUGGCAAAACAAUUUAAUAACCCAAAAUGCCGUGUGGUCACCACAGAUCAAGCUAUCUUUCCCAGCUCACUGUGAGAACAGUUCUAGAACAGUUCUAUUGCAGUAUUAGCUCAUUAGUUGGGGAGCAGGGUUGGAGAGGCAUAACCUUAAUGUGCAGCCAACACUAUGUAACGUAUACCAGUUUUCAGGAAUUCAUGCAACGGAAGUAAUGAAAAGACAAGGCGUAUAGUCUCCUAACUCCAGAUAGUUUCCGCCUGCAAGAUGUAGGCAUUGACAGAAGCUCUCCAUUUUUGCAUACGCCAACGGCAACUCGUACAAAGUGUGAAGAGUCUAGAAAGAACACAACGAAUAAACUUCAGCAUACCUCUUUUCCUCCUAGCAUCUGUCACGUGAGCACAUCGCUAUAUUUAUGCCUACUUAACGAGGCUUUGUCUUCUUCGUAUUAUUUAUUCGCGCAUGUAUUUAUUCUGUCAUACACCAUUUCACGGAUUCUCCUAUCAUCGAGGUUUUGCCAUUAUUUCAGACGCUGCGUAAGUCUGUGUGUAAGAUGUGUCCUUGCUCACGAGCAAUGAUCUCGGAACCAUGCCGUCUUAUUAUUCUGCCGUCUAGAAUAGUUGUAAACAAAGAAUGCGGAAAAGCACCCUUUUUAUAUUGUUUUGGCUAUUUUUUAUUAUAGUAAACAUUUAAAUUGGCCUAUUAUUUAUUUAGCAUGACAGUAUAAGAAAAAGGAAGGUUUCGACAAACUUCGAAAGCUAUAUCAGCAUUGAAAUUCCGCUGUUUUCCUUGCUUUCCUUGAAUAAAAAUAAUGAAGGGAUAUUCGUACUACCAUAUUGUUUGUUUAAUAGAUCGUGG